UUUCUUCACAUCCAUCCCUUCUGCGCUUCCCAUUCCUAUGAAACCCUAAUCACUUCAACAUAAACCCUUAUAUUCUCUCUCUCUCUCUCUAGGGUUUUGUUUUUGUGAAAAUGGAGGGUUACAUGAGGAAAUGGUAUAUGGUUUUUGUGGGGUUAAUAUUUGGAUUGAUGUUGGGUUUUAGGGUAAAUGGGGCCCCGCAAGUUCCAUGUUACUUCAUCUUUGGCGAUUCUUUAGUCGACAAUGGAAACAACAAUCGUCUCGUUUCUCUCGCGAGAGCAAAUUAUUUCCCCUACGGUAUUGAUUUUCCCGGCGGCCCGACCGGCCGAUUCUCCAACGGGAAAACCACCGUCGAUGUUAUCGCUCAACUACUUGGAUUUGAUGGCUACAUCCCUCCGUACAGUGCCGCGAGUGGCCGGCAGAUACUUUCCGGCGUCAACUACGCUUCCGCUGCUGCCGGAAUCCGAGAAGAAACCGGCCGACAAUUGGGACAAAGGAUUAGCUUUAGUGGGCAAGUCCGAAAUUACCAGAACACGGUGUCGCAAGUGGUGAAUCUUCUCGGCGACGAGAAUACGGCGGCCGACUAUCUAAGGAGGUGCAUUUACUCGGUCGGAUUAGGGAGUAAUGAUUAUCUUAACAACUACUUCAUGCCCACGUUCUACUCCUCGAGCCGACAGUUCACUCCCGAGCAGUUCGCCGAUGAUCUUAUCAAUCGGUACAGCCAACAGCUCAACGCUCUGUACAAUUACGGGGCGAGGAAAUUCGCGUUGAUAGGGGUCGGAGCCAUCGGCUGCAGCCCGAACAAGCUGGCGAACAGCCGCGACGGAAGGACGUGCGACGAGAGAAUAAACUCGGCCAACCAGAUAUUCAACAACAAGCUCCGAUCCCUCGUGGACCGCCUCAACAACAACCUCCCCGACGCCAAAUUCAUUUACAUCAACGCUUACGGCAUUUUCCAAGACUUGGUUAACAACCCCUCUGCCUACGGGUUUCGGGUAACGAACGCGGGAUGCUGCGGUGUCGGGAGGAAUGGCGGUCAGAUCACAUGUCUACCGGGACAGAGACCUUGCCAGAGCCGGAACGCAUACGUCUUCUGGGACGCGUUCCACCCGACCGAGGCCGCGAACACGAUCAUAGGCCAACGAUCGUACCGUGCUCGAUCAUCUUCCGACGCUUAUCCCUUCGAUAUCUCAAGGUUGGCUCAACUUUGAACGCAUACAUAAGAACAAUGCGUGUGUGUGUUUCACACAAGUUGAGCUCAUGAAGAUUAAUUACUAUCACCAAAUGUUUCCGUAUCUAUUAAUCCGAGAAUGUCCUAAAUUGUGUAUUCCGAUUGUAUUGCGGUUAAUUUGCAUAACCGGUACGCUAUCUAUUAUAAUUUCGGUUUUUCGGAAUUACCAAAUAAAUUGAAAAUGAUGUUACACAA